AUGAGCCAAGAUAUCCCUUCGACGCCUCAAGAAGAUGAUCGAGUCGACGAAGAGACACCUUUGUUGCAUGCCCCUAAUGAUGAGCCAUACUCCGUAUUCACGCCUACCCAGAAACGCCUCAUUAUCCUGACAGCCGCACUGGCAUCCAGCUUCUCUCCCCUGUCGGCAAAUAUUUACUACCCGGCAAUGAACUCGAUUUCAAAGGAUUUGCGAGUUAGCCCAUCUCAAAUCAACCUAACCAUAACGACAUACAUGAUAUGCCAGGGCAUUGCUCCCAUGUUAACAGGCUCAUUGGCAGACCAGGCAGGUCGUCGACCUGCAUACAUCCUCUGCUUCGCGAUCUACAUUGCAGGAAACAUCGCCUUAGCUUUACAACACAGUUACCCAGCUUUGCUAGUACUUCGCGCCGUCCAAAGCUGUGGCAGCAGCGGCACCGUUGCCCUUUCAUCCGCUGUAGCGGCCGAUAUUAUAACCUCCGCCGAACGAGGGAUGUACAUGGGCCUUGCAUCUCUGGGCAAUAUUCUCGCUCCAUCCAUCGGACCAAUCCUCGGCGGAAUCUUAAGCAAGUAUCUAGGCUGGCAAUCGAUCUUCUGGUUCCUCGCCAUAACAGCGACAUCCUUCUUCCUUCCACUGCUAUUCUUCUUCCCCGAAACCUGUCGUGGCAUCGUCGGCAACGGUUGCAUCUCGCCAGUUGGCUGGAACCGCUCAAUCUGGAGCCAUCUCCACCCCACCAGCGCAACGCCCCAUUCCACCCUUCCUACACCUCAUCGACGGAUAUAUUUCCCAAACCCCUGCUCAAGCCUGAUUCUUCUUUUCCACCGACCCGUGGGACUCGUCCUUUUGGCAAACGGAGUAGUAUUCAGCAGCUACUACGCCGUAACCGCCGGCGUCCCGGCCUUAUUCCACGAACUGUACAAUCUAGACGAGCUAGGCAUCGGCCUAUGCUUUAUUCCCGCCGGCCUAGGCUCGCUAGCCAGCGCCGGCGUGAAUGGAGUAUUAGUUGACUGGAACUACCGGCAAACCCGAAGCAAAGCAGGGCAGACGGUACACAAGAACCAGCGACAGGACAUCACCGGGUUCCCCAUUGAGCAAGCAAGGUUACAGAUUGGUUUACCGAUGACAGUACUUGCAGCCGUGUCGAUAAUCGGGUACGGUGCCCUGAUUUCGGUUCAGCCACCGCUAAUCCUAGCACUGUUGGUGGUUUUCGUAAUUUGCUUCUGUAUUACCUCGGCAUACAACGUUAUGAACGUUCUCAUCGUCGACUUGUACUACGAAACACCCGCGACGGCAAUGGCUGCUAAUAACCUCGUGCGAAUUGGUGUGCAGUGGACUUACUGUCUUGUAUCCGGGGUUAUUGUUCUUGUGCUGCCCCUUUUGGGUGCCGUUUACUUACGAGGUUGGGCAUGGCGAAAGAGGGCAGUCGAGAUUGAGGCACAACGGGAGAUCAUACAAGACCGGGAGACAUCGUACCUUACUGUUCUCAUCCUAUUCAACGACAUGUACUCCCCAACAGCGAUAUUGCCUCUCCUCUGGCCAACUGGCCAAUUCUUCCACUGGCCCUCUCACCAACUCGACAUACGAUAUCCCAAUGGUCCAUGGAUCACCCCCGGAAUGGAACUAGACAUCCGAGACACCAACACCCUCCCAGAAAUCAACAGCGCAGCCCUAAAAUGCAACAAAGAAUACAUAAUAUUAUUCAUCGACCUCGACGCCAUCCUCCCAGGAACGCACAUUGAAACCGUAAUUCUCCACUGGUACCAGGCCGGUCUAUCCAAGAACUGCACGCAAGAUUCGCCCCUCAUCGACAUCCCCAAUCACGGCAGCGAAGAGCACCCAACAGCUCCAUACAUAGCGCCACGCGCACCACCAAAUACGCACCACCGCUACGUGUAUCUGCUAUUUGCUCAGGAUGGUCGGAAAUUUCCCGAGUGCUUUGCGCAUGUUAUUCCCAAGACGAUUGAUGCGCGUGCUGGGUUUGAUGUUAGGGAAUUUAUGAGUGCGGCGGAAUUGAGUCCACCUGUUGCGAUGAAUUAUUUUGUUGGGAGACAUGAGCCUGGUCAUGGGGAGACAGCUACUGUGCCUGUGAGGGCGACGACGACUUCGUUUCGGUCUGUGGAUUGUACGACUAGCUUGGGG